UUAUUACCUAUAUGAGAAAAGAAUCUGAAAAAUGCCUUUUUGACUCAUGAUAUUUUCAAUGUGCAAUGGAUUUAUCAGGACAUAAUUCCAUCGUAAUCAAGGUAGAUCUGUAUUUAUUUAUGUUUAAGAAUCACAUUCACUACUUUUCAAUGGAGAGCAAUUGUAGCAUAUUCUCUGCCUAUUUUCUCCCCAGACUUUAAGCUGAGCACAACAUUGCCUAGAACUUUCCCCAUCUUUAAGCCUUUUUGAGGGGAGGGGUGUGUGUGUGUGUGUGUGUGUGUGUGUGUGUGUGUAUACUUCUGGUUCUUGCUCCAGUGCUUCAAGGUUUCAGUUCAACUGAGCAUCAAAACCUCAUUUCCUUCUAGCCUUUGAUUUUAUUCUAAGAAACAUUAACUCACUGCUUUAUAAUUAAGAAAUGCUCUUUGUGCCCUGCUACUUCUUCCAGCUGUGUUUUCCUUUUUCCUGGUGGAAAAUUAGGGGUAAACAAUAUCAACAAUUGAAAAAGAAAUUAGGGCAACACCCUGCUGGACUGGGCACUGUUUUCCUAUUAAGCAGUUCUCCCGGUGGUAGCCCAUCAAAUUGUCCCAGGUGCUUCUUCCCACCAGCCAUUUCGACAUUCAUAUGCUUUUUGCUUCCGUCCAACAACGGUCUCGGGUCACCCGCUGAGCUUUGCAGUCAACAUAAUCCUUGUGCUUCUUAUUUUUAGAAGGCCAGUCUCUAACAGCAAUGGCUUACUUUUAGGUAGACUUGGACUCAUUCCAAUUUAAACUUUUAACUUUAAGGCAUGUACCUUUUAAAGCAGCAAUCUAAAGUGACUUUAUUUAACAGUAAAGGGACCCAGAGGUAAAAUCCAGUGGCAUAAUUUUCCCUUUCAGCUUUAUAUUUUGAAAUGUGUUUAUAUUUUUUUAAUGUUUAAAUUUUUAUUUCUAGGACUUUCAAACAGUUUUUUUCAUUGUUCUUUGGCUGUAAGGUGUAGUGGGUCUUAACUUGUUUGAUUGGGCAGAAGGGCUUGGUGGAAGCCCUGCAUUAGUACCAUAUUUUAGCACAUGCAAGACCAGAGAGGAUUGACUGAGACCUAGGUGAGGACUGGGUCAGGACUAAGGAAUGGAUCCACGAUGAACAUGAAAUUGAAUAGCAAGCUGAGUGGCUUAGACGUGUUUUUAGUGUCAGUGUUUACUGUGUCCUUACUAUGUGCCUGGUGCUGUGCAAGGUACUAAGGUUACGGUGCUGAGCAAGACAGAUAAACAUGGCCAUGGCCACAUGGAGCAAAGCUAAUGGACAAAUCUAGAAAAGGAAUAGAUAUUAAACAAUUAUAUAGUAAACACUCUGAAGGAGGCUGGUAGUGUAUAAUAGAACUGAAUCAGGGCAAUUAAGGAAAUGUUCCCACAGAAAAAGGCAUUUAACUGAAGAUCUGGAGGAGGAGCAAACAAUGGAGGAGGAAAGCGUUCUCCACGAUGUAGUACAAGAGGAGGCUCAGAGGUGGGAAGGAACUUGGCAUGCUGUAGAAGCUGAGCCAGUGGCUGGGGAUGAGUAUGAGGUAGAGAUGGUUGCGAGAUGGGACUGGAGAGGUUUAACAUGAGUUAUAACAGGCUCAGACAUUAGCUGAGCAAGCUUCUGCCUUAGUUGUGAGCAGGGAUCCUAGAUGACAAGGGGCAAUGGCUGUCUUGCAGACUAUCCAUUCAGGCUUAGGGCUGAAGUAUGACCAAGGCAUACUCAUAGGUUCAGGGGACUUACCUAGAUAAAUGGGGCAGCUGAGUCCUAGUUACUGAGGUCCAGAUAGGAAUGCAUGCUUGUAAAGAGACUGAGGUACUGGAGAGUGAUGCUCGGAUUUAAGCAGUAAUAACAAAGCUGAAAGCUGGUCAUAUGGAUAGGGCCAAUGUAGUAUGGGAGCCCUGAGGAAACCUGGAAUUAUCCCUGGAUCUGAAGUCACUCGAGAACAACGGAGCCCAAGCAUCCUCACAGGGCCCCUGAGUCUUUACUCUGUAAAGAUGUGACUGAACUCUAGAGCUCCCUGGAUUGGGGGUCUCCUGCUCUUUGUAUCUUUCUGCCUUAUUCUGGGCUGGCUCUAGGGAUGGACCAUGGCUCUAACUGUGAGACACUGUGGAUGGGAGAGACUGGACAAGAAAGAGAGUGGCAGUGCUACUCUCCUGUUAAGUAGGGUCUUCACAUUGUUGUUCUUUAUAGGCUUUGAAAAGCAUCUCUAAAACUAAACAGAGUAAAGUACUUCUCUUGAAAGUCUAAGUAGUACAAUCUUAAAUCCCACACCAUCUUGUGAUGAAAUCUCUUUUACAUUCAUCUACAAUCCCAUUCGAUUUGUUCCUAUCUCUUAAUGUCUUUGCUGCUUAAAAAAAAAAAAAUCCAUAGUUAGGUUUUCCAGCUUUGGGAAAUUAAAUGCAACCUGUGAUCCUGGUAGGAGAUAAUGUACUGAAUAAAAAUAAAUCAGAACAGUGAGGUGUUGCUCAGUGCCACCAAAGAAGUUAAUGCCUAUUUAACAUGUGUUAAAGAUGAGAUGGAUUUGGGGAUUAUGGCUCACUCUGAGUACUGGGAAACAAAAUGAAAUGUAACUCUUGCCAUUCAUUUUUUGCAUUUUAAUUUUCCUUUUUUUAUUCCAAUCCCCCCACCCCUUACUUCCAAUUAAGAUUUGGAUCACAUAGAAAACAAAAACAAAAACCCUUUCCCCCUUUGCUAGACAUAAUCUCAUUUCACUCUUCACCAACCUAAUUUUGAAGAAAUCCCCAAAAGUUUUGCCAUGUUGAGUGUUAUAAAACUCAUGUCAGAGAUGUCUUUGCUGUGACCUGCGUCAUGGAUUGUGCAAUGUAGUCUUGUUUCUGGGGCCUCCUGACAUCAGGGAAAAGCAUGCCACUCAAUGGCCCAGAAUCUCAAUAAAUACUCAGUAUUCUGUAUCAGACGAAUUUAAGGAAAAAUAAAAAACUCUAUAAGAAGUACUUAGUUCUAAUUGUGAUCCCAAUAUAACAAAUGUUUUCACAGUUGGAGUUCACAGUUAACCCAAACUGAAGUCUUCUACCUGCUACCUGCUACCUGCCUGGAGAGUUUUAGACGGUGCAGCCUUGCUACAUGUUGUGAGAAAUGGCUGUAGGAAACAACACUCAACGAAGUUAUUCCAUCAUCCCGUGUUUUAUAUUUGUUGAGCUUGUCAUCAUGGCUGGGACAGUGCUGCUUGCCUACUACUUCGAAUGCACUGACACUUUUCAGGUGCAUAUCCAAGGAUUCUUCUGUCAGGAUGGAGACCUAAUGAAGCCUUACCCGGGGACAGAGGAAGAAAGCUUCAUCACCCCUCUGGUGCUCUAUUGUGUGCUGGCUGCCACCCCAACGGCUAUUGUAAGUACAGAAAUAGAUUUCUCUUUUUAUCAUCAGAUCCUAAACAUUUUCUGUCUGCCUUUCUCCUCUUUCCUCUAUCCCUGGGCGUUCACCAUAUCAGACAUGUCCUGUUUCAGCCAAAACAGAAUUUUUAUUGGUGAGAUAUCCAUGUAUUUCAUAAAGUCAACCAGAGAAUCUCUGAUCGCCCAGGAGAAAACAAUUCUGACCGGAGAAUGCUGUUACCUGAACCCCUUACUCCGAAGGAUCAUAAGAUUCAUAGGGGUAUUUGCUUUUGGGCUUUUUGCUACUGACAUUUUUGUAAACGCCGGACAAGUGGUCACGGGGCACCUGACGCCGUACUUCCUGACGGUGUGCAAGCCCAACUACACCAGCGCAGACUGCCGGGCACACCACCAGUUCAUAAACAAUGGGAAUAUCUGUACCGGGGACCUGGAGGUGAUUGAGAAGGCUCGGAGGUCCUUUCCCUCCAAACACGCUGCUCUGAGCAUUUACUCUGCCUUGUAUGCCACGAUGUACAUCACAAGCACAAUCAAGACCAAGAGCAGUCGACUGGCCAAACCGGUGCUGUGCCUCGGGACCCUCUGCACCGCCUUCCUGACGGGCCUCAACCGGGUCUCUGAGUAUCGGAACCACUGCUCUGACGUGAUCGCGGGCUUUAUCCUGGGCACUGCUGUUGCCCUGUUUCUGGGAAUGUGUGUGGUCCAUAACUUUAAAGGAACUCAAGGAUCUCCUUCCAAACCGAAACCCGAGGACCCCCGUGGAGUACCUCUCAUGGCUUUCCCAAGGAUAGAAAGCCCUCUGGAAACCUUAAGUGCACAGAAUCACUCUGCCUCCAUGACCGAAGUUACCUGAGAUGGCUGGUGUGUCACAAGCUGUUUUUUUAAAAAAUCACCUUCCUAUUCGAUACUUCAAGACACACAGUUACUUGAUGUCAAACUGUGAAGACAAGUAUUACGUUUAACUAGUUAGAAGCUAAUGUUUUGUACAUUUUUUUUUUUGUAUGAGGAAGUGAUGUAGCUUGCCCUGAUUUUUUUUUUUUUUUUGGUCAGCUUUAAUAUAUUUAUGCCAGAAUUUUAAAUUUUAAAGAAAACUUUCUUGUCCAGGUGUGCAUCGAAGAACCACAUUUAUUCAAUGGUUGAUGUUGUUUGGUGAUAUUUGUACACAAACCCUCUUUUCUCAGUUUUAUAGAUACCAAUAAAAUGAACAUAAUAAUUCACUUUAAUCUUUUACUACCACGGUUGCUGCCUCUUCUGGAAUUUUGGAAUUUUAAUGAAACUUCACUUUUGCGUUACAGGGAAAAUGAUGUUGGUUAAUGGUCAAUCUCAGCAAUCAAUUGUGCAGGAAAAAAUACUACCCUGAAAAAGAACUUUGUGUUCAGAUUUCUUGACACGUGAUCACAUUCAAAGUAAUAUAUUAAUAAAAGAUCACCUAAGUUACACAACCAGUGACAGGGAAUCCUGGAUUUGAGCAAUGCUGGGCAUGAUUCUUUCUUACCUAAGGGCCUCUCCUGUGUAAGAAAUUCAAGAUCACUCUGCAGCCAUGCCCUUGGGCUGGCAGGUGAUACUGCCACCUGCGUUCCCCAAAAAUGCCACUACCAGCCUCCCCUAUCCACUCAGUUUUGUAUAUCUCACUGUACGGACUUUGUAGAAAAUGUAUAUUUUAUAGUUUGCACAGUAUUACUUUACAGGAAGGGUGGCGGAGCAUCUACAGCCUAGAGCCCCAGAGCAACAGCUUGACUUUGUGGCUCCAAUUUUAACUGCAUCUCAUUUUUCUAGCAUGGUAAUAACUAAUGUGUAACUCCUUCGAGAGAAGGCGCUCCCUUGUCUGUACCCAUCAGAAUGUUCUCUUGACACUUCCAUGUUGGUUCUUCUUUAACUUUUCUUUUUGUACAUUUUUUUUUCUAAAGAAAAAAGUUAUCACAAAAGUA